CCUGGGGGUCCCUGGUGUCCCCGGGGGCGGGGCGCUGCCCGCUGUCCCCUCAGGUGUCCCCGCUGUCCCCAGGUGUGGCCCGGACAGGGGGGGCGGCCGGGCCCCCCCCGGCGAGACCCCCCCCAGGCCCCGCCAGCGCUGACAGGCCGCCAUGGGGGACGCCGGGGGGGGUUUCGGGCUGGCGCUGCCGGAGCUGCGGGCGCUGAUGGAGCUGCGCGGCCCCGAGGCGCUGCUGAGGCUGCAGCGGGACCUGGGGGGGGUCCCGGGGCUCUGCCGCCGCCUGCGCACCUCCCCCACCGACGGGCUGUCCGAGGGUCCCCCCGAGCUGGAGCGCCGCCGCCGGGCGUUCGGCCGGAACUGGAUCCCCCCGCGGCGCCCCAAGAGCUUCGCGGCGCUGGUGUGGGAGGCCCUGCAGGACGUCACCCUCGUCAUCCUCGAGGUGGCCGCGCUCGUGUCCCUCGGGCUGUCCUUCUACGCGCCCCCCGGCGCCGCCGAUGAAGCGUGCGGGCAGGCGUCGGGCGGCGCGGAGGACGCGGGCGAGGCGGAGGCGGGCUGGAUCGAGGGCGCGGCCAUCCUGCUCUCGGUGGCCUGCGUGGUGCUGGUGACGGCGUCCAACGACUGGAGCAAGGAGCGCCAGUUCCGCGGGCUGCAGAGCCGCCUGGAGCGCGAGCAGCGCGUGGCCGUGCUGCGCGGGGGGCGCCUGGCGCAGGUGCCCGUGGCCGACCUGGUGGUGGGGGACGUGGUGCAGGUCAAGUACGGUGACCUCCUGCCGGCCGACGGGGUCCUGAUCCAGGGCAACGACCUCAAGAUCGACGAGAGCGCCCUGACCGGGGAGAGCGACCACGUCCGCAAGUCCCUGGACAAGGACCCGCUGCUGCUCUCGGGCACGCACGUCAUGGAGGGCUCGGGCAGGAUGGUGGUGACGGCCGUGGGGGUCAACUCGCAGAGCGGCAUCAUCUUCACCCUGCUGGGCGCCGCGGGGGACGACGAGGACGACGGCAGGGACAGGAAAGGGAAGCCGCAGGAUGGCGCCGUGGACGCCCCACAACCCAAAGGCAAGCGGCAGGACGGGGCGGUGGCCAUGGAGAUGCAGCCGCUGAAGAGCGCCGAGGGAGGGGACAGCGGGGACGGGCCGGGGACGCGUCCCCGAGGUGGCCCCAAGAAGGAGAAGUCCGUGCUCCAGGCCAAGCUGACCCAGCUGGCCGUGCAGAUCGGGAAGCUUGGGGACACACCCCCCAGGUGGCCCAGGUCAAACUGGGUCAACUCGCAGAGCGGCAUCAUCUUCACCCUGCUGGGCGCCGCGGGGGACGACGAGGACGACGGCAGGGACAGGAAAGGGAAGCCGCAGGAUGGCGCCGUGGACGCCCCACAACCCAAAGGCAAGCGGCAGGACGGGGCGGUGGCCAUGGAGAUGCAGCCGCUGAAGAGCGCCGAGGGAGGGGACAGCGGGGACGGGCCGGGGACGCGUCCCCGAGGUGGCCCCAAGAAGGAGAAGUCCGUGCUCCAGGCCAAGCUGACCCAGCUGGCCGUGCAGAUCGGGAAGGCAGGCCUGGCCAUGUCGGCCAUCACCGUCAUCAUCCUCGUGCUCUACUUCGUCAUCGAGACCUUCGUGGUGCAGGGCCGGCCCUGGCUGGCCGAGUGCGCCCCGGUCUACGUGCAGUACUGGGUCAAGUUCUUCAUCAUCGGCGUCACCGUGCUGGUGGUGGCCGUCCCCGAGGGGCUCCCGCUGGCCGUCACCAUCUCGCUGGCCUACUCCGUCAAGAAAAUGAUGAAGGACAGUGGGAGUUUCUGGAGCCUGAGGGGUAGACUUGGGGGAUUAUCAAGGUUCAAAUUAGAGAAGGUUUCAAACUGUAGUAAAUGGAAUCAGAGGGAGAAGAUGCCCCCCGAAGCCCCCGGGGCUCUGCCCCGCCACGUGGGCAACAAGACCGAGUGUGCCCUGCUGGGGCUGGCGCUGGCGCUGGGCCGCGACCCCGAGGCCGAGCGGGCGCAGGUGCCCGAGGAGCACCUGGUCAAGGUGUUCACCUUCAACUCGGAGCGCAAGUCCAUGAGCACGGUGACGCGCCGGCCCGGGGGCGGCUACCGGCUGCUCUGCAAGGGCGCCUCCGGGAUGGUGCUGCGCAGGUGCAGCUCGAUGCUGGACGCGGGGGGCGCCCCGCGGGCGCUGGGGGGCUCGGAGCGGGAGGAGCUGGUGCGGCGCGUGGUGGAGCCGAUGGCGGCGGGGGGGCUGCGGACCCUCGCCCUCGCCUUCCGCGAUUUCCCCCCCCGGCCCGAGCCCCCCUGGGACGACGAGGCCGCCGUGGUCGGGGAGCUCACCUGCAUCGCCAUCGUGGGCAUCGAGGACCCCGUGCGGCCCGAGGUGCCCGAGGCCAUCCGGAAGUGCCAGCGCGCGGGGAUCACGGUGCGGAUGGUGACAGGCGACAACCUGGACACGGCGCGCGCCAUCGCGGCCAAGUGCGGCAUCCUCCCCGCGGGCGGCGGCGACUGGCUGUGCCUGGAGGGGAAGGACUUCAACCGGGGCAUCCGCAACGACCGGGGGGAGGUGGAGCAGGAGCGCCUGGACAAGGUGUGGCCCAAGCUGAGGGUCCUGGCGCGGUCGUCACCCACCGACAAACACACCCUGGUGAAAGGGAUCAUCGACAGCACCAUCGGGGACCAGCGCCAGGUCGUGGCUGUCACCGGCGACGGCACCAACGACGGCCCCGCCCUCAAAAAGGCCGACGUGGGGUUCGCCAUGGGCAUCGCGGGCACGGACGUGGCCAAGGAGGCCUCGGACAUCAUCCUGACGGACGACAACUUCAGCAGCAUCGUCAAGGCCGUCAUGUGGGGCCGCAACGUCUACGACAGCAUCUCCAAGUUCCUGCAGUUCCAGCUCACCGUCAACGUGGUGGCCGUCAUCGUGGCCUUCACCGGGGCCUGCAUCACACAGGACUCUCCGCUGAAGGCGGUGCAGAUGCUGUGGGUGAACCUGAUCAUGGACACGCUGGCGUCGCUGGCGCUGGCCACCGAGCCGCCCACGGAGGCGCUGCUGCUGCGCCGGCCCUACGGGCGCGACCACCCGCUGGUGUCGGGCACCAUGCUGCGCAACAUCCUGGGCCACGCCGCCUACCAGCUGCUGGUCAUCUUCACCCUGCUCUUCGCCGGUCAGUGA